AUUAGCAUGAUGCCUUCAGUCAACGUGCCUCCAAUGGAUUUCACCAACGCUUCAUACACGAAUCUUCCUUCACCAGCUUCAAUCCGUCUACUGUCAUUCAUCAAAAGACCACGCCAGCUGUCACCUCCUUCAAUUUUAGGUGAACCUCUACUAGAAUUCAUCAUAGAAACGUUCGACAUUCACGAAGCCCCAGUUUUCGAUCUCAUCUCUUCAACAUGGGGAAAUCCAGAUAGUGCUGAUCCAGGCGAUAUUGACGAAUACGGGCCUAUGCAUCUCUAUCCCGUCACCAUCGACGGAAAACUAAUGUUUCUCCCGAGAAACAUUUAUGAAGCUCUCAAAAUGGCUCAAAAAGUGAAUGAUCCCGUUGAAGAGCGCAAUGAGAUUUUCUUGGAGACAGAGUUGAUGACAGCUGUGGAAAAUAACCAUCGACCCAAGGUUCAGCAGUUGUUGGAGCAAGGUGCUCAUAUUCAUGCGCAGGAUUGUUUUGGCAAGACGGCGAUACAUCAUGCAGCACAACUUGGUCAUUACGACAUCAUCAACACCCUUCUUGACUAUGGAGCCAGCAUGAAAGUAAUCGACUCGCAUGGUAAAACACCGAUGGAUUACAUCACGUACAGCAAGCCAAAAGAUUGGGAGAACAUUGAGGAUAUUGCGUACAAGAUGCAAAAGGCGCCAGAGGAGAGAGAACUAGUCCCAGUUCCUGAGGUUAUACGAGUCGGGAGACCGAUGUGGAUUGAUGCAAUUUGUAUCGAUCAAAGCAAUCCGGAGGAGCGAGCGAAUCAUGGUCUUUUGAUUAAACACAUUUACCGCCGUGCCAGUUCUGUCAUAGCAUGGGCUGGAGUUCAGAACGACGAAACGAAGCUUGCGCCAGAAGCCAUAUUAUCUAUCCUUCGAGCUGAUGGCAAAGACCCGGAUGAGGCUAUGUCCGAUGAUACACCUUCCCCCACAAAUCCAGGAUGUUCAUACAUCCCAUCGAAGGAGCAAAAGUCGUCUAUCAUCAGAUUACUACAACGAUCUUGGUUUGAACGGGAAGAACUUAUGCAUGAGGUUGCUUUCGGUCGAGCGAUCACUGUUUACUGCGGCAUGGAUGCGAUUUCGUUUUCAUCCAUAAUGGAGUUUCUCAGACGGGAGGCAUACAGUGGUACCUUUCUGCCUUCCGACCUUCAUGUUUGGUCUUUGCUUGGUAGUACGGGUUCUAAGAAGCGACGUUCGCUUGAGUUACGAUCAAGAACAAAGAGGAUGCGACGAUAUUCGACUGAUGAAUGAUUUCUGGGUUCGAAGUCUAGUAGGAUGAGUUUUCCUACUAUUUCCUUGUGUCAUGUUUCAGAACUUAGACUGGUCUUGUGAAAUUAUGAAACUGCUAUUUCAUCCUCG